CUCUCUCUCCUGCCGGCUUUCACUGACUUUAUCAGCUCAAAAUUUGCGAAGACAAGAAAGAGAGAGAGAGAGAGAGAGGCUUUUGAACGAACAAAAAGCAAAUUGGGAAUUUUUCAGGUGCUCUCCAACUUCAAAUUUCAGAGAAAAACCACCCUCAGAUUUUGACUUUCUUUGACUGAUGGACAAAUUAACGCCUUAUAAAAAAGUGUGUUGAUAAGGAGGUUGCAUGAGAGUUGAGAGUUUUGCUUCUGUACAUAUUUCUUACUGAAGGGAUUGGUCCUACUUUGGAUGCUAAUACUGAGAGAGGUCUGUGUUUAGUUGAGUCAAAGCGACUGCCACAAUGGGUGUCUCAGGGAAAUGGAUUAAGGCUUUGGUUGGUAUUAAGAAAUCAGAAAAGUCAGAGUCCUCAGUGAAGGAUGAAAAUAGAACAACUGCCAGCAAGUUUCGGCACCGGAGGAAACAUUCCGUUGAAAUUGACUCUGAAAAACUUCAGUACGAUUUGGAUCCAAACCCUGCUCCACCAGUUGGAGAUGCCAGCACUCAAAUAAUCCCAGAUGCUGCUGAUUCUCCUUCUGCUUCAGUUCAAGUGCAUGAUACAACUCAAAGUCAGCAGAAUGUGAAGGAAGAAUGGGCUGCAAUUCGUAUCCAGACAGCUUUUCGUGGGUUUUUGGCUAGAAGAGCUCUACGAGCUUUGAAAGGGUUGGUAAGACUUCAAGCUCUUGUUAGGGGCCAUGCUGUACGAAAACAAGCUGCAAUAACUCUUCGAUGUAUGCAAGCGUUAGUAAGAGUUCAAGCUCGCGUGCGAGCAAGGCGUGUUCGUAUGGCAUUGGAAAGUCAAACGGUACAGCAGAAACAUCAGCAACAACUUGCAAAUGAAGCUCGUGUACGAGAAAUAGAAGAAGGUUGGUGUGACAGUGUAGGAUCUGUUGAAGACAUUCAAGCUAAGUUGUUAAAGAGGCAGGAGGCUGCAGCUAAGCGCGAGAGAGCCAUGGCAUAUGCUUUAGCUCAUCAGUGGCAAGCAGGAUCGAGGCAGCAGGCUAUACCCUCUGGGUUUGAACCAGAUAAAAGCAGCUGGGGUUGGAACUGGUUGGAAAGGUGGAUGGCUGUUCGACCCUGGGAGAACCGCUUUUUAGAUAUUAAUCUUAGAGAUGGGGUCAUGGUGCGCGAGAAUGGAGCAGCUGAUGAAAAGAGUGGCACCAAAUCCCAGUUAAAAUCUGCUGGGAAGAAACCAAUCUCAUCAAUUGUGCAUGCAAAUCUUCCAAAUCAGAAAACUGGCCCCUCUCAUUCUGAUGGUUCUUCACCGAGUAAGUCAGCAGGUAUUUUAGAGGCAUCCAACACUCAGUUUGCGAAGCCAAAGUCCAAGCCACAGAUGGAAGACUCAACUGAAGAAGGCAACUUAAAACCUGCUAUUAGUUCAAGGUCCCAUAGCAAUCCAAAAGAGAGAACCACCCAAUCAGACAAGCAGACAAAGAAGCGGUUAUCUCUGCCUAGUAGUGGUGGAGGUCCCGGUGCUCAAACAGCUAAACAACCCAGUAGGGUUGCUGUCAAAGUCUCACCCGGUUCUCAGAAGCCCAUCAAGGAUAAAUCCAAGCUUAACGGAAGAGGCGAUUCCAACCCAGCAAAACCGGUCCCUCAAGCCACCGAUCUGUAGGUUUAAGAUUUCCCCUGGAAAAUCUCCCCCGUAAAACUAUUCUUCAUGCUGGUGCUACUGCUUAAGGCUGUACAUAUCAAGCCACGCCACGCUAGUAUGAGAUUCAAACCACAUCACAAACUGUUGUUGUUGUUGUGAAUAUUUGAAGUUUUGCUGCAGUAGUUUUGACAGCAAUGGGUUGGCUUGCUGAAGAGAAUAAGAUUAGCAAGCAAAGGAUUAGUGUGAUUGUUGUAAUCGGCUUACUUUGUUAUUGUCGAUGUAUUUAUUUUUCGGUUUCUGUUUUCAAAUGUACAAAUUUCAGAGCAGUCAGCCCCCAUAUAUAUAUAUAUAUAUAUAUAUUUUUUUUU